AAGGGCCUUAAGCAGCCCCCAAGACGCUGCCUAGAGCUGUCAGCCAAGACGGACGGACGCAAGAGGCUCCUUGCUGACCAAAAAAAAUAAUAACAAAAAAGGAAGUUAGUUUUCUCCGCUAAAUUCAAUAUAGGCGGAGGACGCAGCAUGUUCUGCCCGAAGCGGUACUUCGUGAACAACCUGCCGGACUACACCGGAGGAGACGUCACUACAGAUAAGGGCGAGAUCAAGAGGAAGACCUUAGAGGCUGUGCAGACCAUCACUCAGAAGUGGGCCAAGGAUGGCAAGGUAUACCUUCCCCAAGAUUUGUUUAAAAUUUUUCACCAUAUUUCAUAUUUGGAAAAAUACUCCUCAGUCACUGGGUCUCUUAAUGAGCAUGCAAUGGGAUAUUUGAAACCUGCACUAGAGAAUGCCAACCAUACUAGGGCUCGUGGCAGGAAGGUUGAUAUUGUUGCAUUUUUACUGGGCAAUGCUGGCAUAUAUGCUGUGGCAGCUGCAUUAUUUCAUGCACUAGGAAAUAUGAAAGAAUCAGAAAAGUACAUAUCAGAAUUUUCACAGUUGGCUGCCAUUUUAACCCCAUUGAAUUGGUACUCACGUGGCGGUGAUGAAUUUCUUGUUGGACGCUCAGGUUACCUCGCUGGAGUACUCUGGCUUCGUUCUGAACUUAAUCAUGAUGUAUUAGGCGAGUCUGCAGUCAAUGCCUUAUUAGAUGCCAUGGUUGAAUCCGGCCAGAAUUAUGCUUCUCACAAGAGCCGCAUCCCACUCAUGUACCAGUAUUACGGGACAGAAUAUCUGGGAGCAGCCCAUGGUUUAACUGGAAUUCUGCACAUGAUGCUCAGCUUCCCAACAUGGUUAUCCAGUCGGCCACAGGCUAAAGAACUUGUUCAGAAAUCCUUGGAUGCUCUGCUUGCACUACAGACAUCCAGUGGAAAUUUUCCCUGUGCAAUGGAUGAGUUAGACGGACAGCGAUCACCAGAAGAGGAGCUAGUGCACUGGUGUCACGGAGCCCCAGGCACUGUGCAUCUACUAGCCAAGGCAUACAUGGUUUAUGAAGAUAAAAGAUACCUACAGGCUUGUAUAAAGUGUGGAGAAAUUACAUGGCACAAAGGACUCCUUAAGAAAGGACCAGGCAUAUGUCAUGGGAUAGCAGGCAGUGGUUAUGUUUUCCUCACACUCUACCGACUGACUGGUGAUGCCCUCCAUCUUCACAGAGCUAUGCAGUUUUUCAAGUUUCUCUACACUAGAGAAUUCCAGCAGGCACGCACACCAGAUACACCUUACAGCCUCUAUGAGGGCUUGGCUGGCACUGCAUGUUUCAUUGCAGAUCUUAUGAAUCCAGAGCAAGCAUCAUUUCCUUUUUUCAGUGUGUUUUAGUAAUGGCAAGAAAAGUUAUUGCAGUUUAAUUAUAUUGCCCUGGCACCUUACUUUUUCCUGGGACAAAUCCAAUUCAUCCUUUUCAUAUAUUGUUCCACUUCUCUCUUCAAAGAUACUGGUUGUCUACUUGAUCUUAUAAUGCCCAUAUUUCACCCUUGUACUACAGUCUCAUUAAGUGAUUCUCAGGCAUUUAACUAAUAUAUGCACACCACAUAAAUGUGUUACAUUUCAUUCAUUUAUCCCAUACACUUCUUUCUUAUACCCAUCCCACAUACUUCAACAGCUCAACCUGAUUUCCACUGCAGGUACUUUUGAACACUGCUCUUUCAUAAUUGGAUAUUUUAAAAUGAUGCUUGUAUUUGUCAUGCAAGAGACCUAAAAUUUAGUUUGCAGUACAGUCGUAUCUUUUUCUUCUGGUAAACUAGACAAUCAUUUUUGGGUAAUUGAUAAUUCAAGUAGAGUACUAAAGAUUAUUUUGUCUUUGUUGCUAAUGGAGACUGUGAAGUGAUUGUUAUAAAUAUUAAAUACUAGUAAGCCAGUGAACAAGUGAUACUUGCUAAAGCACUACAUGUAAUUGUCAUAAAUAUUUGUUUAAAAUAGUAUGGCAAGGGUUGAAUUGAACUUGCAUCAGUAGACUACCAAAAAAUCCCACUGCCCAUUGUACCAUGAUGGGCUUACAAUUAAAUAUUUCAAGCAUAAGUAUUACUAGACAAAUGAGUUCAAUCCAAACCACUUCCAUAUUUUUUCAAAUGUUCAGUGAUGUUCAUAUACUGUAUAUUAGUCACUUUAAAUAGUUUGAUGGUAGUAAGUGGCUGCUGUACCAAUGUACUAUAUGCAACAUGUAAGUUUGUUCAUGUUGCUAACAUAUUCAAUAUUGCUAAUGUAACAUUAAAAUCAGAUCAUAUCGUAUUACUUUACCAAACUUUCAACAAGCAUACUUGCAUAGUGCUUUCAAUCUGUACACAAGGUACAUUCUUGGAAAACUUUUUACCGUGAAUAGAUUCUUCAUAAUUGCAUGUAUGCUAGAUUUUCACUGGAUGAGAUUGACACACUCCAGCCUUUAGUAAUCUUUAUGUAAGGAAUGAGGGUGGCGUAAUGGUGGUAGAAGUCAACAAGCAAGUAAUUAGCAAAGAAGGCACCAAGCCGGGAUAGAAGUGGACAAAACACCAUGGGCUUUACCAAGUGCAGAAAUGAAAUAUGUGGCAGAAAUUAUAAUCUUUUGCCACAAAGUCAAUAGGCUAUUUAAGUUUUCUUAAAUAGCUCUAGGUAAUCAACUAAAAAUAUUAUGAAACGUGCACUCAAAUUGAAACUAGUUUUGUAUCUCGCUCAGUGGUAACUGCUCAAUUUUCUUUUAGUUGCAAUAGCCUUUCUUCUGCCAUCUUGAAUAUAUGCAGCCCAGUUUUGAACAAAAAAAUGGAAAGAUGGCAAAAUUUAUAUUUUAAUGAAAAAUAAAUAUUCUUUGUAUAAUAGAAUGAAUGAACCGAACAAUAUUUGUUUUCUGCAGUAGGGUUCUGUUUUUUUCCCACUACCUUAUUACCAAUAUAGUAAGACAUCAAUGACAGGUAAAGUACUAAUUAUAAUAUUGCUUUGCCUGGACCAACUUUGGUCAAGAAAUUUGCCAUCCUUAGCUGUGCUGUUAUUUUUUUUAUGAUCAAUAGCCAUAUUUCCAUACCUUACUUGCUACUCUAAUUACCAAAUUAAUAAAGCACUACAUGUAUUUAAAAAGAAUAUUUGAGGAACAUUUUAUUGACUCCAAAUAAGUACAUAAAUUGUAAGAUUAUCUAUUAUGAUAUUGGGUCCAUUAUCAUACAAAUUUUUUCCUCGUCCAUAUUUUAAUAAAUGUUUGACAUACUUAUGCAA